GCAUGCGUCUCCUCAAUGUGGGUUUCUUCCCGCCUUACCGAUACGUCAUCAGGAGGGGCGGAAACGGAAGAACGAAACCAGGAAGUAGUGUUCAAUGUUGACAGAAAGCGCGAGAAGAUGGCAGCGGUGGUGGAUGAUGGCGUUUCUUUGUCCAGGACGGCCACUUCUGACACAUCAGAAGAUCCUGGUUCUGUUCCAGCAGAAGAGGUGGCAGCACAGAAGAGAGAGGAGCAACUUAGAAAAUUCAGAGAGCUUCAUUUGAAAAGGAAUGAAGCCCGCAAGUUAAAUCAUCAGGAAGUUGUGGAGGAGGAUAAAAGGCUGAAGUUGCCAGCAAACUGGGAAGCAAAAAAGGCUCGUUUAGAAUGGGAACUGAAGGUGGAGGAAAAGAAGAAGGAGUGCCUGGCAAAAGGAGAAGAUUAUGAGAGAGUGAAGCUAUUAGAGAUCAGCGCAGAGGAUGCAGAACGAUUUGAAAGGAAGAGGAAGAAGAAAAAUCCUGAUCUUGGAUUUUCUGACUAUGCAGCAGCCCAGUUACGCCAGUACCAGAGGCUGUCCAAGCAGAUCAGACCUGACCUGGAGAAAUAUAAAAAACUGAGAGAAGAAAGUGGCGAAGAGUUUUAUCCAACUUCAAAUAGCCUUUUCCAUGGUACUCACGUGCCAUGUAAAGAAGGGGUUGAUAGAAUGGUUUCGGAUCUUGAAAAACAGAUCCAAAAACGUGAAAAAUACAGCCGGAGACGUUCAUACAAUGAUGAUGCAGAUAUUGACUAUAUUAACGAGAGGAAUGCCAAGUUCAACAAGAAGGCUGAGAGGUUCUACGGAAAAUAUACGGCAGAAAUUAAGCAGAACUUGGAAAGAGGAACAGCUGUCUAGGCUGAAAAGUUCAGGAGGUCUUUGAUUUUGCGUCUGUGAUUUUUGUACGUUGGAGGGCCCUGUCCUUUUAUGUUUGGUUGUGUUUUUACUACUCCUAACCUAUAUGAACUCUAAAUAAAAUGAAUAGAGGCAGGAAUCUGA